UUUCAUUUGUAGUCUGCCUGUCUGCCUAUUUCGCACUCAUGAAAUGUUCAUAUACUUAUAGCUUGUAUUAUUUGCUUAUAGCCCUUUUGCACACUUCAAUUAUAUUUAUGCGCAAGCGUCAUGUAUCGUGCAAACCGCAUGCGAUUAUCGAUGACGUUUGUAGACGCCAUUACUCUUGUGUUCAAGUGACCUAACCUGUCCAAACAACAUAUAUUUUUUUAGUGGUAUCGAAUAAGUCUUAACCAUAUAAACACUGACAUAAGCUUCUUACUCGUAUAUUAGGAUUCAUAUUUGGUUGUUUAUUUUUAUUAAUAUAUUAUUAGUAUUUUUUGUAUGUUCUGGGAUCGGCGAUUGAAUCAAGCAAGUCAGUCAGUAUUUAUUAAUAGACAAGUAUGUUUGUGUGGUCUGUUUUGGUGCUAUGCGCUGUUGGAGCGCCGCACACAUCAUUAGAUGUCGUCGGGGCAUCUGAGCCAAUUCCUUUCUCCGAGGGGCGCGGUCAGCUGUUUUCGUCUUCUGCCGAUUUAAUCGCAAGCUACCGUAACGAAAAACCAACGUCGCCAGAAUUAUCAGCUGUCAUCCCAUCCAGUCGUUCCAAUCUACCGAGUAAGCGCGAAGCACCCCUGGAUUCUACCAUUAUUAAAAGUGGGACACCACCGCAUCCAGAACUCAACCGAUCCAUGCACCUGCGUGUGGAGCUGUUGUUGCCAGAUUUCACUAGGAGCUUUGAAGUUGAAUACCAUGCAGAGUCGAGCACAGCGCGCACUACAGUAGAGAACACGUCCACCAUCUACCGGGGUCCAGCCGGGCAGGGCCAAAUUCAAUUCCUUAAGAUUGAAAUAGACGCCUCCAGCGGAGCCCCCGUACGCCGCUGCACGAAGUCCCCCAAGCUCCCCGCAAGCCCCGCGGAUAACUCAAUCCCUGGUCUUCCUAACUUGGAGCCCUUCCAUUUUGUCGGUUACAAAACAGAAGAAGGCCGGCAGGUUGAGCACUGGCAGAACGUGUUGAUCGGCAAGCCGGGAGACUACGGCGCGGCGCGGGGAGAGUCCCUGAACUACACACACGACUUCUUUGUGUAUAGGGAGGGAGGGGAUGCGGUGCCGCUCAGGUACAAAGUGACAACCGACAGCUCGGUCCUAGGCGCCGCCAGCGACACCUACACACACCGCUACACACUACUGCCAACCCCCACCGCCCCCCUCAUCCCCGACGUGGCCACACUCUGCGAUGACGUGCAAGAGUAUCAAGAUGGCCGACGCCGGCGCAGAGCCACUUUUAUCAACGCUAAGAAGGAGCGAGUUGGCAAUGGCAACACAGGCACAAUGAUUUAAAACCUGGAAUCGGAAGAAAGCGUUUGGUUGUAUUACUCGUAAUGGCAACAUUUGAAGGGUACACGAAAAAAACAUGCAAAACCAUCUUAUUAUGGAAGGUAGAGGCAAGGAAAAAACCUCCUUAGGCAGAACUGUUGCAAAAGUGUCCAGCUGUCAGCUAUAAAUAAUAGUUCCAAAUCUCUACAGAGUAGCGCUAGAGUAGCUAAGAACCUAGGCGUUAUUGACGGAGUGAAGUGCGCUGUCUAUGAUUAGAUUUUUUUCUCAAGUAUUCUAGGUAUUGUAGCGCCACCUAUUUAUGGUUUUUCGUCGGACAAUUUUUGGUACCUAUAUGGAGUACGGAAGGUGGAGAUAAGGAAUGGAAUCUCCAUAUACCAAAAAGUGUCAUUAAAAACCUUAAAUAGGUGGCGCUACAAUACCUAGAAUACUUGAAAAAAAAAAACAAAUCAUAGACAGCGCACUUCACUCCGUCAAUAACGCCUAGGUUCUUAGCUACUCUAGCGCUACUCUGGAGAGAUUUGGAACUAUUAUUUAUAGCUGACCACUGGACACUUUUGCAUAAGUUCUGCCUAUGGAGAUUGCGUUCCUUAACUCUACCUUCCAUAAUAUGGAGUUUAUGUUCCUUGCCUCUACCUUUCAUACAUCUUAUAGGUAGUUAGUUUUGAUUUCAUUGACUUGAAAAAGAUGCCAACGAGUGACGUAAAUAUUAAAUGAAACAGUCGUCAACAGUUAAGAACAUUGAGUAAUAAAAUAAUCCCUAAUAUGAACGAGAACUUUCUAAGUGGCAAUUUGCAAGAGAAUUUUCUCAAGAAAAUUUCCAGAAAUUUGGGAAUGGUGGAGGGGAAUUCCAGAAAUGGGGGUUAUAAUAGCACUUAUGUAUAACCAAGCCAAACGGUUAAAACAAUGAUAAAACUACCUGUGGAUGUAACAUACAAUAAGUAAUGAAAAAUAAAUACACAAUUACAAAACCUUUUCGUUUAAUAAAGAAAUACAACAUUA